UAUGGCAGACUCUAAAGCAGCAGGGGUGAAGGGAAAGGUGUCUUCCUUUAGCAUGGCAGGUAGUAGGGGGUUAUAGCCCAGGGUGGAUAGAGGAACUGCUUUGUUUGGCUGAAGUUUGUGUUUAAAGACUAAAGUUGUGCCCUGCAGGAUAUUUGUGUUGGGCAUUGGAUUUUUCACCCUGUGCUUCUUAAUGACAUCUUUGGGAGGCCAGUUUUCAGCGAAAAGACUGGGAGACUCUCCCUUCACCAUCAGAACCGAAGUGAUGGGCGCGCUGGAGUCCAGAGGGGUGCUGCGGAAGAUGAGCGACAUGCUGGAGAUGAUGGUGAAGAGGAUGGACGUACUAGCCAGGCUGGAGAAUAGCACUGACUUCCGGAAAGGGGAGGAGGCACAUUUUCCUCCGGACAGGUUCCAGCCAGCAGCGGGUUUGAUGGAGAGGAUCCAAGCUAUUGCUCAGAAUGUCUCUGAAAUUGCAGUGAAAGUAGAUCAGAUUCUCCGGAACAGCCUCAUGAAUGGGAAAGUGAUAGAAGGCAGACGGGACCAGUGUGAGGUGCCCAGGGACCCCAAGUACCCUGACUGCUCUGGAAAAGUGGAGUGGAUGAGGGCCAGGUGGACGUCCGACCCCUGCUAUGCGUUUUUCGGCGUGGACGGCACAGAAUGCUCGUUCCUCAUCUACCUCAGCGAAGUUGAGUGGUUUUGUCCUCCGCUGCCUUGGAGAAAUCAGACAGCAGCCAUGCCAUCCUCAAAGCCACCACCCAGAGUGCAGGCAGCUUUUCGGAGCAACCUCUCUUACCUCCUUGAGCUGAUCGGGAGUGGCAAGGAAUCCUUGAUCUUCAUGAAGAAGAGAGUCCGGCACUUGGCCUCACAGUGGCUUCUGGCAACCCGAAGCCUGGCUCAGAAACUGAAGGGCAGACAGAGGGAUCAAAAACAGAUCUUGAUUCACAUCGGCUUCCUGACAGAGGAGUCAGGGGAUGUUUUCAGCCCCAGGGUGCUGAAGGGGGGACCUCUGGGUGAGAUGGUCCAAUGGGCAGAUAUCUUAGCUGCCCUCUUCGUUCUGGGACACAGCCUGAAAGUCACGGUUUCUUUGAAAGAGCUGCAGAGUAAUUUAGGGGUGCCUCCGGGUCGGGGCAAUUGUCCCUUGACUGUCCCUUUGCCCUUUGACCUCAUUUACACCGAUUACCACGGCCUCCAGCAAAUGAAGCAACACAUGGGGCUCUCCUUUAAGAAAUACAGGUGUCGCGUUCGGGUCAUUGAUACCUUUGGGACAGAGCCAGCCUACAACCUUGAGGAGUAUGCCACUCUGCAUGGCUACCGGACAAACUGGGGGUACUGGAACCUGAAUCCCAAGCAGUUCAUGACUAUGUUUCCUCACACGCCCGACAACUCCUUCAUGGGCUUUGUGUCCGAGGAGCUCAACGAGACAGAGCGGCAGUUCAUUAAGUCCAACAAAGCAAGCAACAUGGCAGUGGUGUAUGGGAAGGAAGCCAGCAUCUGGAAGUUACAGGGCAAAGAAAAGUUCCUGGCCAUCCUUAACAAGUACAUGGAGAUCCACGGCACUGUUUAUUAUGAAACCCAGCGUCCUCCGGAGGUCCCAGCCUUUGUCAAGAACCAUGGCCUUCUGCCACAGCACGAGUUCCAGCAGCUUCUGAGAAAAGCCAAGCUUUUCAUCGGAUUUGGAUUCCCCUAUGAAGGUCCCGCUCCUUUGGAAGCAAUAGCCAAUGGGUGUGUUUUCCUGCAGUCUCGUUUCAACCCGCCGCACAGCUCCCUCAAUCAUGAAUUCUUCAGGGGGAAGCCUACAUCAAGAGAGGUGUCCUCCCAACACCCCUAUGCGGAGGACUUCAUAGGGAAGCCUCAUGUGUGGACGGUGGACUACAAUAACUCCGAGGAGUUUGAAGCCGCUAUCAAAACCAUCAUGAGGACCAGGGUGGACCCUUACGUACCCUAUGAAUACACCUGCGAGGGGAUGCUGGAGCGGAUUCACGCCUACAUUCAGCACCAGGAUUUCUGUGCUGGAGCGUCUCCUCCUCUGCCAGCGAAGCCCAACGGCCAUGCUAUGCCAAGCUCUCCGAGCCCAUUCACCCUGUCACCGAACGCCACUCACCUUGUGUGGUCGUACAAUGCCAGCAGCGCCCCCCAUGUCUGGCCUCCCGUGAGCUCCAUGCAGGUGUGGGUGUCUGAGGCCGGGCGAGCCUGCACUGAGACCUGUCAGGAGCACGGGCUGGUCUGUGAGCCGACAUUCUUCGAGUUUCUCAACAAGAAGGACGUGUUUCUCCAGCUUCGCAUUGCCUGUGACAGCACGGAGUCUGAGAUGAGCCACCUCUACCCAGCGCUGGCUGAAAAUGUGCAGGAGUGCUACCUCCAGAAGGAACCGCUGCUGUACAGCUGCGCAGGCUACAGCACCAAGUACCGGCGCCUCUGCCCAUGUCGCGAUUACCGGAAAGGACAAGUGGCUCUGUGCAGGGACUGCUUGUGAUUCCACCCCCUGCUCCCAGAGUCCGGGGAGCGUGUGUUGUGACAUGCCACACGCAACAAGUAGCUUUUUCUCAAAGCUUCUGCAAUACCCAAGGACAGGACAGCUCCCUGUUCUUGGAAACUCAUGUCGAGACUUUGGAUGUCAGACUCUGUCGGUUGUUUUGUCUGCCAGUCAAAUGUCCGUGACUGACCACCUGCUCAUGUUGGAUUUUUGUUUCUCGAGACACAUCUCCUUCCACGCCCAAGCCCACCUGAAUUUCAGAGGAGCCCAGAGCCGCUUCAGUAGGACAAGACAUCAGCAGCCUGUGGGUUUGGGUUUCAUCCUCUUUUAACUUCCUGGUUUAUUUAUUUAUAUUUUUUAUCAAAUUAAAGCAGCAAAACAACCACCAGUCCUUCCUGAGGAGUUAUUUGGAACAAUCUCCUUAGAAAUACUUACGUGGGGGUGACAGAUCUUGGAAGGUUCCAGUGCCAGACACAUCUAGGAAGAUGCCUUUGAUUCUAUCAGUCCGAUCCACCGUCCAGCCUUUGGAAGGGGGAGGGGGAGGCGUUCUACACAUGCCGAUGGGAGCACGUCUCUUAUUCCAUUCCCGUCACU